GUGCAGGUAGCGUGGGAGUGAGGUGGUGAGGACUGAGAAUUGAUGAAGAUGAAGCCACCAUAAGAGGUGGCACGGGCAUGAGUAGCCUGUAGAUUGUAGAUGUUCGAAGUGAAAGUGAUCUUGGUCGAGUAACAUCUUGAAGUGUAUGUGGGCCCAGGCAAGGAGGACGGAGGAACCUCUCCCGGGGCACCCAGCGCCCCCCGGAACCAGCCACCCACAUCACAACGUGACAAAAGCCGAAUGAUACAUACAUAAGAACAAGGAACACAAGGUCCCAUUGCAUGAUGCACAGGCACACCAAACUGCAACUGUGUGCUAUGGUGGCAGAGUACAACUCACACUGGAAACAUUAGUCACCAGUAAGCCAAGGACCUUCAACCAGGGAAGUCUCAGCAGCUGGCAGUCAAAGAUGACCUUACCAAGCUCACUUACAAUAAUUUUAAUAUUAAGUUAGAUAAGUGAACAGCAUCAAGGUCCUUCAUCAAGCAAGUUGACAAACCAUUCCAAGAUCAUUUAGUGAAAGAGAAGAGACUGCUGGAAAACAACCACACCAGCCUAUGCCUACACCAUGAAGAAUAUUUUAUGCUGGCUCCCCAGUGUAACCCCACUGCAUCUGGAACAUCUUAACACUCGAAGUGGAGCAUCCCCUGGAGUGUGGCUCGUGAUGCUGGUGCCUCUAGCAUGUAGUCCAGGCUUCUACACAACUUACAACACUUGCACUCCAACACCUCUAUUUUUGGCAUUUCUUGCACUUCAGGUGGGAGUGUGUGGCAUCCACUUGUGCAAGCAUAUGUGUGUCUCAGGUGCUCACCACAACACAGAAGGUGAAGAUAUCAAAGCCUCCCCCUUUCUACUGAGAUUUCUUAUCCAUCCAUACACUCCAGCACUAGCCACAGCUGUUUCCCUCUCUCUACUUUCGGAUAUCAAUUUUUUGAGUGCAAUAUUUUCUACAACAUUAUGCACAUGGAUUGUUUAUGAACUGACACAUUGGUUAUUAAGAAGUUUCCCUGGAAGCUUCAGCCUAGGAGAAGGAGCCAUGGUUGGCCAGACAGGAGCUCUUACUAUCACGUGUUCCCUCUACUAUCUUCUCUCCACCACUCUACAGCAGAGGAAAGGCUCACAGUUACAAGAAAUUAGUAUUUUUGUUCAGACAGCAGUUCUCGUGUUUUCUUCAAUGAUUGUUGGCCUAUUCAAAUUUCCACUUUUGCACACUCCUCGAAUGUUUGUGCCGUAUAUUUGUGUGUGUGGGUCAGUUGGGGUAGCAGUAUCCUCAUUGUUACUGGGAGAGUGGGCACCGCUGUGGCUGUUGGAUGUGAUGACGGCGACUCCAGCUAGAUUAUCACUGCUAUGCUUGUGGUCUGGGUUAGCAGUUUUGAGUGCAGGCAUUACCACCUGGGCCAGAAGAAGGAAAAUCUUAGCUACCACAGUUGUACGCAAAAUCUAUCACAUUAUCAUUAUUUUGGUGUUUACUCCGGGAUUACUGUUAGAACCAGCCUUCACACACCUUGCUGCUGUAGCUGCUGUCAUGUUCUGCUUGUUGUUGGAGCUAACUCGAGUGAAGAAGAUAGAGCCUAUUGCUUCAGUUGUAUCUCAAGCUUUUUCUGCAUUUCUGGAUGAAAAAGAUCAAGGUACACUCAUUCUGAGUCAUAUCUACCUAUUGGCUGGUGUAGCAUCACCACUCUGGCUAAGUCCAUGUGCCUUGGGUAGAAUGAAAGAAGAGUCGAGUAUGUCUCCAGGGUCGGUACUUCCCCUCCUCGCUGGUGUACUUGCUGUUGGAGUGGGUGAUACUGCAGCCUCUGUUGGUGGAACUUAUUUUGGACGAAAACGGUGGUCAGGAACACAAAAAACGGUAGAAGGAAGCAUUUGUGGGGUGGUAGCUCAGUUAGUUGUAGUGUUAGCCUUAGUAGGGAUGAAUAUGGUAGACAUGUGUCUCGCAACUUGGGGCCGUCUUCUUGUCUCGGCUUCACUAACUGCUGUAGUGGAAGCUCUCACAGACCAGGUGGAUAAUAUUGUCUUACCAUUACUGUUAUACACACCAUUAAUGGAUCUGUAGACUUGGUAGUUGUCGGCAGAUAAUGUAAACGGUACGUUUAUUUUUUAUAAUAUACUGUACCUUUGAUCCCUCGAUCUGCACGAGGUUUACAUUCCUAAAACACCAUGUGGUAUAGCCAAGACGAAAUGAGUUGUGUUACUAAUUACAAAGGAAUGCAAGUUUGAGUAAUAAAAGCAGCAUCUCUCAGGGGCUUGUCUAUGCUUAUUAGCUUGUGUAUUGCUAAACUUUAAAUUACACACAGAAGAUCACACUAAUGUGAUAUAUUGAGAAAAACCUCAGAGCACUUCAAAACUUUCAGUAUUGCAGUAGUGGUGUGAUUGUUAAACACAUAGUAGUGAAUAGUAGUUGAGUGGUGGUGUGAUUGUUAAGGUAGUGAAUGGAAGUUGGAUGAUUGUUACAGUAGUGAAUGGUAGUUGGGUGGUGGUAUUUGGUGAGUGGUUGUUGUACUGAGGGUGGUAAUUAGUGAUGUAGGUAGUGCUUGUACAUGAUGGUAUAUGAGGCAACUGGUGGUAUGUAUGGUAGGAAACUGUGGUGAGUAGAGGUAUGUGUUAGAUGUGUACCAGUGUCACAGUAUUAGCCUAUUUUGGGGAGGACCCCCCCUCAGUAUUUACUUGGUAUUACAUCCUGAAACUAUCCUUGCCUUAGUCGAUACACCAGGCCUCUAACAACUCAAUAAUGCCUAAAGGACCAGCACCAGAAUCUAGGAACCCCCCCCUCCUUCUCAAACAGGCUUUGGAAAGCCUGGGGAUCAGAGAUCACACCACAAAUCCAUGGGAAUCACCACCAAAAAGAUACAAAACUCUAAACCAAACAAAUGCUUGGAAACAUUUGUAACCCUGACUAUAACAAUGCAACCACUCAAUACUGCAGUGGGAAAUAACUGCCUAGUAACACUUGCAUGCCACCAGAUGGCAGCCCAAGUGAUGUGGAACCCACCUGCCAGCUCAUUCACAAGCUACCCAAACCCAAAAACACUCAUACUUCAUGAAAAGAAGUGAAGUGGGUGGGGGCUACUGAAGGCCUUCCAGAAAGAUGCAUUUCGUUACAUUCCAUACUGGAUUUCUUGGGAGGGGGGCUCAGUACCUAACCAAUGCUCAUUCACUGCAUAACCUCAGUAGAGAAUGCCAUUAAAUUGAAAAAAAAAAUACAAAACACUAAAAUAUGGCCAGGGUUUACAUGGAAGAUAAGAUGAUGGACAAGCAGAGGCACUCCUUGUUAGGCUAGAUGCCCAAAUGCUGCAGAAGCUCAGCAACCCGUCCUCUCAACUAACGUGCCUCAUUUUGUAUGCUAUGGUCCCCGACACACAAAAUACGGGGUAGUGUGAAAAGUAACGGCUCACAAAUUUCCAGUAUCCACAUUUUCUGUGUGUAGGUUGGUUAGGUUAGGUGGGGUGGGGUGGCUUGGAUUUGUGCAUUUUAGUACCCAUUAUUUUGUAUGAUGUGGCAAAUUAAGAGAAAGGACUAAGCUCAGAGUGGUCAAAAAAUGAGCAACAACUAAGAAGAGGCCAGCACUUGGAAGAACUGGUGGUGACCUCCAGCAAACACAGACUUGCACAGAUGAUUAAAAACAAUCUGUGCCAACCAGCCAAACACAGACCAGAGCUAACUGACCAAACAUGGGUAUUGCCUUGAUUGAGGCCCAUCUAAUUUGCUAGUAUGGCCUAUCUUUCUCAAGCCUUGUUGGGGCUGAAACUUCUAUAUUUCCUCUGGGCCAUGUUGGGCUGGAGGUGCAGACAUUGCAGUGGUCUGGUGGGUCUGGGGUUCAAGGUCCCCAUAGCCAGGUCUUCGACCAGGCCUCCGUGGCAUUCCCUGUUUUCUUUAGUGGAUGCCUUUCAGGAGGAGCUUACUGACGCUAUCUCACUGAGAUAGCUCUUCCCUAAUGAGUCACAUCAGCCACAGCAGUCCUGUAUGGCCAACUGGGUACUAGAGCCAGAAUCCUCACCCUAGAACUAGCACCCUCACAAAGGCACAGGGAGCAUGGGAUUGUUAUGAUCAUAUUCACCAAGAAAAUAUACAGAAAGUAAGCAAAGCCGACUUUAUGUAGUUGACUGUAGUACAGCCAAACAAUUACACAAUCAGUUCACUCAAAAACUAGCUCAAACUCCCUUUAGUUACAACUAGCCACCAACAUUUCCGGAGCUCCCUGUCUCUGUGCUACCUUUUCCUCAGUCCUGUCGCUGAUAUUUCUGAAAUCAGGCCUACAUAAGUUGCCACCUGUUACAUGUUCCACUUCUUUUCAAACUAAGUGUAGGCCAUCCUCUGGACAGUGUCCUGUGGGGACCAUUUGCUUGCAUGUCAUUCCCAUCUUUAGUAUUUGCUCUAUGAACCUGUUUUCAAGUCUCACUUGUGUGGAGUUGAUCUAUUCUUUGCUUUGUCAAGCAGGAGCUGCAUCUCCCUGAGAGGCCAGGCUGCUAUGUAGAGUGCCUCACCCUGGGUAGUGCAAGAGCCUUUGACUAGGGAUUAUUCAGUUUUUUUGUUUUUUGUGGGGUACACUGAGGUUAGCAAGCUUGUCUGUACAGCAUCCCACUAAUGCCCUUCAUAGCUGUGUUUAAUGUAAAUUUUUCUGGCAAGUUUCUCCAAUGCCUGGGUGUUCUACUCGGUCCUUAUCUCCAGACCCUGGUACAGUAAUUCUCCUGUAAGUCUUUGGUGUUGCUCGUUAUGAUUCGACCCACCAAACCUGAGCCCCCUUACUGUACUUGCAAGUUUGAGGGUUGCUUUUAGUUUUAGCUACAAACUAAUGGUCACUUUUAAUAUUUCUUUCCACUGCCUGUUGGGUGGGUUUUAUCUUCUGUCCUGUGGCAUGCAACAUUUGGGUUCACUAUUUUAAAGGCACUGUGGAGGCUCCACAGAUGAUGGCAACUUUGGUUGAUGUGCCUUUGAGGGUGCAAGUAGGCACCCCUCAAAGACACAGGUCUCCAGUUGGCUAAAUAGGCCUCCAAUGGCUAAUGUGACUCUGCUCCCCUACCUGUACUAUCUCAGUUAGGUAACUUUAGGGAACCAUCAGGACCCUAACAAAGUGGCAUUUCGUUACAUUAACAGUAACCUCCUCUCACCCCUUUGUGUUGUUCAAUCAGAAUGGGGGUUGCAGGUUCCCAUUUUCUCCCUCUCUCCUGCACGUUUCUCUCCCUUUGUCAUAUUUAUCAGAAGAAAUACCUGUAUGUACUUAUGUACAUGCUGAGGUUUGCUGUUUUCUCUGUUGUUGUCUCGUUUGUGAACACUUCAGCAACAAUGGGAAAAUAAUGAGAUAGCGUCAUGCACUGGUGUCCAGGAACCAGUAACUAAUCUACCAUGCACUUGUAAAUAAUGAGUCUGGAAUGAAAUAUGAGUAAAUGUUUAGACACCACUUUAGAUAAUGUGUUUAUUCUUACUGAGUAAUACCAUGAGAUAUUCUCAUUUCAUCUUAUAGGGGUAAAUGUUCAGGAAAUAACAAGUCGUUUGGUUAUAGGAUACAAGUAUCUUUGGCCCACACUGUCUUAAUGGAUCAAGCUUGCACUUAACUGUUAUUCAAAGUGAUGGUCUAUGGCCAGUAGUAAUUAUCCUUACAGUAGAUCCAGCACAGACAAUGCAGGCAAGUCCAAACCAGCUCAAAUACUUACGAUUUUCACAUCCAAUCACAUACAUAUGCAGUUAGUCAACAGGAAGGUUGUUAUGGGGUAGGCAAUGAUACAGAUAACCUCAAAAUAAUAGAUCAGUGUGCCCAAUUUCAGUUCCAAACUUUUAAGGCUUAAGUUUUCAGGUUUUUUCUAUUUAUUGUACAUUUUUGAAGGUGGUUUUCUUAUCAAAUUAUAGAACACAUACUUUAAUUUAAAACAAAAAUGGAAAUAAUUUAUAAUGCAUUGUGAUUAUUAAAAUAAUAAAAUACAAAA